AUGUCUGAUCGGAGCGAGAGUGAGCUACCCAAUGAAGCGGAGGUUCAUCAUGUAGAGGCAGUCGAGCAACAGUCUCAGCAAGCUCCCGAGCCUGCAGUGAGCAUUGAGCCUGUCCUCGUCUUGCCAGACCAAACCCCUCCUUCGAGACCUUCACAGGUCAGGUCUCCGUACGACCCGUCUCAUCCUGUCCCUCAUGGCCCAUCUCCGCGUGCGGCUAUUCCGGCCCAGACGGAAUCGCCCUCGAUAGCCAGCGCGGGAUUCCCAACAGAUGAGUUGUGUUCAAGAGCACUUAUACACAUCCUUAUGGCAGAUUAUCUCGACUUGGUCUAUCCAUUGGUCCCCGUCGUUCAUCGGCCUAGUUUCCGCCAUGAUCUGGCUACAAACCGCGACAUCACCGACCCGGAUUUCUUUGCUGUCCUGAUGAGUUUGGCCGCGCUCACAGUCGGACUGUUGCCGUCGCGCUUCCGUGACUACAGAGCAGUUGACCCUGAAGCUGCGAUGCGCUUCGAGAAUAGAACGGCAAUGAUCAACUGCUGCGCGGAGAUAUGCACUCGACAACGGACUGCAAAUUACUGGGACCACAUCAACCAUCGGAAAUGGGCAGUAUGUUACGUCCUGUCCGUCGCCUGUUUCCAGACUGGCCAAGUUAACCGGAGCCGGAUGUUCGAUGUGGAGUAUCUGCAAGUUUCACGACUGCUUGGGCUGCAUCGCAUUUCCGAAUAUGAGGGUCUCAAUUGUAUCGAGACUCAGUUGCGGAAAAAGGCCUUUUGGAUGCUCUUUUAUGGCUAUGCACAUACCAGAGUUCAAGCAGGCCGCUGGGAGCGGCUGACAUACUUUGGACCUGGUGAGCUACGCGAGGUCAACUACGAAGCUCUCAUGCCCCUCGACAUCGACGACGAACACAUCUUCAGAGACAGGAUCCUAGACCCCGUCUCUCCAAUGGCAUCGCACGGCCCACCAUCCGCCCACACGCAGGAACCCCGAGCGACCUUCACACUCACCAGCGGCUUCAUCAUUCACUCCCGAGUAUUCCGCAAGGGUCUCCAGGAAGCCAUAGCCACCUUGGGCUGCGAAUGUGAACUCCGCCGCACCCCCGCCGCCCGUCUCGCGCGCAUGCGCGAUCUUCUCCAAGAGAUGAGAUACAUGCUCGACGAUGUCCCGGGUCCCAUGCGGCAAUGGGCUUCCACCGAGAGUAUUGAUGCGGCCCCCAGUACGCCGCGGUUCGACGAGGAAAGGGCUAGCCAAGCCGAGAUCAUGAGGGCCAAUAUCCACGUCACACACCUGUGGUUGCAGAGCUUGUUGCUGGAACAGAUUGACGGUGUCACUCAAGAGGGCGCGAUCGCCAACCCCUCGACGACUGCACGUGAGGAAGUGUCGGCGGCCCUGAAAGCGAACUGGGCUGAGCGUGAGGAUAUUUGCCGCCAGAUGCUCCACUUGCUACAUAGCAUCCCAUACGUUCACCUAGAGCCCAAUGGCCUGUAUUUGGCGUAUAAGGUUCGCGAUGUAGCUGUAACGCUGCUCAACUGCCCAUUCGAAGCCCAUGAACGGCCCGCCCGUCGUGCGGUAGAAUACAUGCGGGACUUUACUCGCGCAUUAUCGCGGCUCGAUCGAAGUGAAAUUGUAAAUACAAAUUGUUUGAAAAGCUGGAUCGACAUAGAUCGGGAGCCUGCGAUUUGA